GUGGGCGGAGCCGGGCGGGACUUCGCAGGAUCUGGAUUCGGAUUCUUAGGUUACCCGCGGCUGGGGGAGGAGAGGCGGAGCCAGGGCCUUUACCGGACUUUGGUCGAGGGCGGAGCCCAAGCGGAUGAGGCGCUUCAGGGGCGGAGUUUAUCAGAGGGCUGGGCUCUGUUUGGUGAGAGCUUGCCUAUGGGCGGAGUCCCGCUGCCCGUGGGAACUGAGAUUGCUUAGAGAUGGUGGGGGGAGGUGCGUAGCCAGAGACAGCACAUUGGUGGAUGGGAAUGAGGGGCGUGGCUUCCCGUAGACUGAAGGCUGGAGUUGGAGGCGGGACUAAAUCUGGACCCGGCUUGAGGGGGCGGGUUCUGAAGCUCCUCCCGGCGUCCUCCUUCGGAUCCUCCUCGCUCAUCCUUCCUUGCUCUGUCUCACCCCGGCAGAAAAAGUCUAAGAUCUCCGCCUCGAGAAAACUGCAGCUGAAGACCCUGAUGCUGCAGAUUGCGAAACAGGAGCUGGAGCGUGAAGCAGAGGAGCGGCGAGGAGAGAAGGGGCGUGUUCUGAGCACGCGGUGCCAGCCUCUGGAGCUGGCCGGGCUGGGCUUCGCGGAUCUGCAGGACUUGUGCCGACAGCUCCACGCCCGCGUGGACAAGGUGGAUGAGGAGAGAUACGACGUGGAGGUGAAAGUCACUAAGAACAUCACAGAGAUCGCAGAUCUGACCCAGAAGAUCUUUGACCUUCGGGGCAAGUUUAAGCGGCCCACUCUGCGUAGAGUGCGGAUCUCUGCAGAUGCCAUGAUGCAGGCACUGCUGGGGACCAGGGCUAAGGAGUCCUUAGACCUGCGGGCCCACCUCAAGCAGGUGAAGAAGGAGGACACGGAGAAGGAAAACCGGGAGGUAGGAGACUGGCGCAAGAACAUCGAUGCGCUCAGUGGAAUGGAAGGCCGCAAGAAAAAGUUUGAGGGCUGAGCCGGCCUGUGCACAGCCCUGGCCCUGGCCCUGAGGAUGGCCCCGAGGAAUAAAGCUUCUCUCUGAGCUGGGA